AUGCAAAUAUAUAUAUUUAUUGAAACUUGUAGUUAUUAAGGAGAGAGAUAUGAUGUGAUUGAGGCAAUGGUACACUAUAGUAUACACUCACUCCGGCUGUGCUCCAUUCAUUGCUCACCACAACAUUAAUAGCUUCUUUCACACUUUCCCAAAAUACCCCUACCCUUUCUAAACAAUUACACUUAACAACCUCUCUCUCUCUCUCGACCACGGCGACGGAAAAUGGCUAUGGAGCUACUGAAUCUCAACCACGAAGAGGAAGAACUUUCCCUCUUGAGACAACCCACCACCAAUGGCGACCUCUCUUGGCGUUUGAACUUCGAAAGCUUUAAACUUUCCAACACCCACAAAGAGAAGAAACCCUCACCCCCUGGCCUCCAUGAUUGCUAUGGAGUUUUAAGUCCGGAGGAUAACGUGGCUGAGUACUAUCAGCAACAGGUAGAAAUGCUCGAGGGGUUUAAUGAGAUGGAUGCGUUAGCAGAGCGCGGUUUUCUACCUGGAAUGUCAAAGGAAGAGCAAGAUAAGUUGGCGAAAAGCGAGACAUUUGCCAUCAGAAUAUCGAAUUUCGCAAACAUGAUUCUUUUUGCUGCAAAAGUUUAUGCUUCGAUUAGGAGUGGUUCACUGGCAAUUAUUGCAUCGACUUUGGACUCACUUCUUGAUCUUUUGUCUGGCUUUAUUCUUUGGUUUACUGCUUUCUCAAUGCAAACUCCAAAUCCGUAUCAAUACCCUAUUGGAAAAAGGCGUAUGCAGCCGUUGGGUAUCCUUGUGUUUGCGUCUGUCAUGGCAACACUCGGUCUGCAGAUCAUAUUGGAGUCGGUUCGAACCCUGUUAUCUGAUGAGGUUGAGUUCAGCUUGACCAAAGAUCAAGAAAGAUGGGUUGUUGGCAUUAUGCUCAUGGUGACUCUGGUGAAAUUCGUGCUGAUGAUUUACUGUCGCGGUUUUAGUAACGAAAUUGUUAAAGCUUAUGCACAAGAUCACUUUUUUGAUGUCAUCACCAACAUCAUUGGCCUCUUUGCUGCACUCCUUGCUAAUUAUUUUUACGAUUGGAUGGAUCCUGUUGGAGCUAUUAUUUUGGCGUUGUACACCAUCCGAACAUGGUCAAUGACGGUUCUUGAAAAUGUCAACUCUCUGGUUGGAAGAUCAGCUGCUCCUGAAUAUUUACAGAAACUCACAUACCUCUGUUGGAACCACCACAAGGCCAUACGACACAUUGAUACCGUUAGGGCCUACACUUUCGGGUCUCACUACUUUGUUGAGGUUGACAUUGUCUUACCGGCAGACAUGCCCUUACAAGAGGCUCAUGACAUAGGCGAAUCCUUGCAGGAGAAGCUUGAACAACUUCCUGAAAUUGAGCGCGCCUUUGUCCAUUUAGAUUACGAGUUCUCACACAAACCCGAGCAUGCGCAGUCUCAGUCUUAGUGUUAAGCUGUAAAACCAGUUGUUAUUAUCUUGUUCUUCAUCUUAUCUGAGCAACAAAUUCUUGCUCCAUUGUAGUAACUAGUAUGUAAUCGUUGACUUCGGACACAACUUUGGAAUCAUUCAGAAAGUUGAGUCUGUGUAUAUAAUUGUUCAUUUUAAAUUCUCU